CGGACUGUCAAAAUUAAUUUUAGCGCUCGAAAUGAAUAAAUCUAUAACUAAGGAAAAUAACUGUAAGACAACGCUAUUAGAGAGUUCUAAACGAAGAAAAAUUGAUUGUGAGAUGUCUGAAAAUAAUUUAUUAAAAUGCGUAAACAAUGAAGAUCCUGAAAAUUUAUCCGUGACAGUAUAUGAAGAUAAUGAUAGUGAUAUAAGUUUUUUUAAUAAGUCAAGUAAGAAACGAGUAAUUAGCUCUUCAUUUAGUAAGAGAUCACCACUAACGACAAUCAAUAAGACAAUAAAUCAAACUUCCAGUCAACAGGAUGUAAGUAAACCGUCAUCAUCAAAGACUCCAUUGAAAAGAAGUGAAUCAACUUAUAAAAAAUUGGAUGUAAAUGAACAAAACUUAGUGAAUCCGUUUGAAUUGUUGUCUGAAGAAAUAUUGCUUCAUAUCUUUCAAUAUCUUCCAAAGAAGACACUACAUCGCGUAGCAUUAGUAAACACUAGAUUUAGUCGUGUUAUAUUAGAUGAAUCACUCUGGAUUCGUAUGGAUUUAGGCAAUCGUGCUCUUAAGCGUGGCUCUAUUGGAAAGAUAUUUUCAAGAGGCUUCAUAAUACUACGUUUAGCGCAAGCAAAAAUACAAAGCCCAAUAUUUGAAUCACAUUUUCGUGAUCAAGAAUUUCAAUCGAAAUUACAAUAUUUGGAUUUAAGUUUAGCAUCGAUUGAUGUAACUUCAUUAGCUCAGCUUCUUAAAACUUGUCAUUCAUUAAAAAAACUAAGCUUAGAACAUGUUCCAGUUGACAUAAAUGUUUGUAAAGAAAUAGCAGAAUGUCGAGAUUUAGAAGUGCUUAAUCUUGCAAUGUGCGAAGGAUUAAAUCAAGAAUCUGUCAUUAUCUUAAUGGCUAAUCUACAGUCCUUAACAGCAUUAAAUAUUUCAUGGACUAAUUUGAGCAGUGAAAGUGUAGAAGCAAUCGUUUCACUCAUAACUCCUUCGAUAAUGAGAUUUAACAUAUCUGGAUGUCGGCGAAGUUUGACUGAUAUAAGUCUUCAAAUUUUUAUUAAUCGUUGUCCUAAUAUUGUCGAACUUGAUUUAUCAGAUUGCACAUUACUGACGUCUGUAGCUAUUCAAGCUGUUACAGCUCUUACUAAAUUGGAAUAUUUAUCGUUGUCAAGAUGCUACAAUAUUCCUAUGACGUCAUAUUUAGUUUUAAAUAAUGUAAAGUCCCUUCUAUUUUUGGAUGUAUUUAAUCUUCUUUCUGAUGCUGGACUUCAAAUGCUAGAAAAGACGUUCAAAAAUAUUGGCAUAAAUAAGUUUAUUCAUAGCUCAGUUGCUCGUCCGACUGUAAUGCCUAGAAGAACAUCUAUAUGGGGACUUAGAACAAGAGAUUAAUAUACAAUUUUUUUAUGUUUGUUUUAAGAAUUCAUGAUGUAAUAAACUGUCUAUAUGUAUUUUUUAAUUAAAUUAAUUAUUAUAUUUCAUCGUGUUUUAAUGUAC